CACCCAACUUCCGAUUUCCGGUUCUUGCCAUGAUCAUCCUCAUUUUGGACCAAAAUGACAGACCCAUAGAAUGUUGCCACUACUUCCUGAGGUUCAACGCAAGGUGGUCAUAUGGACUUUAAGGCACGUGUAUAAUUGUCUGCCAUCGGAGAGCUCAGUGGUGUCUUGCUGCAAGUAGCGAUCGAGCAGAGCAUGAGGCUGAUGACACUACCGUCAUGACAGUUCGCUCCUUCUCAUUCUCGGAUCACCCCAUUUGCCUUCGUAAAUGUGUACCGCAGUUGCACCCGCAUUCAUCGGCGGAUGGCCCCUAGUCCAAUGCACUGACACUUGGCAUAGGGGUACUUUGCAGUACUUAUAUCUAUAAGCCCUCCGCCGGUGGUACGGAAACACAUACUUCUCCCGUACUGCCAUGUCAAUCCCUCUCGACGAGUUUACAGCGUUCGUUUCCGCUGCAGGCUACCCUGGUAAUGCUAUCAGGCACUUCUCUGUGGUGGCGAGCCACGAUUCCGGGGAGCAUGUAGGAAGUAUCUCUGGCUUUCUUCUCAAUAGGUUGCAGUGCAGAGGCAGAUUCCUCCAAAGGGUUGAUACCUCUGAGUACUGCGAGGAGUUGAGCAAGUUCACUCACAAGCUAUUCGAUAAUAAUGGCUUGCUCAAGCAAGAACUCGUCGAACAACCAUACCACAGAGGUACCGGAUGUUGGGGACACGAAGUGGAUAAAGGAAUGAUAAUAUAUAAUCAUGAGAUCGAGGUCGAGGACACGUUCCGUCAUAUGGGCUUAGGCUCCUUCAUGCUCAGAGAAUUAUUCAAGUCUGACUACGUGCAUUCUUCAGACUUUGUGUUCGCCCAGGACGUUCCUGUGACACAAAGGCCUCUGUCUUUAGACGAAUUUCAGGAACGCCGUGAGAAAGCGGAAGCUUUUCUUCACAAGAAUGGCUUUCGACGCGUCGGACGAACCAAUUAUAUGGCGUACUCUCCUAAUCCUAGACACCCUUCUCGAGCUAUCCCAGCCGAUCAAGAUGCCCAGAGCAAUAUACAGUUCUCUCGUGGCGAAAUUAAUGAUGACUCAUUUGACGAUGAAAGUGACCAUAACACUAUCGAACAUGCUAAAGUAUAUCCCAUCCAUUAUGCAAUCGCCACUGCGUCAAGCCAGGAGUCCUCGCGGCAUCGUAACGUAAGGACAUCACUCAAAGACACAAUCAGGAAUAUUCACGCCGCCGAUCAUGGUUCUAUUCAUUUGCCAGAUGAGGCGGGUGCAACUCCCCUUCACUACGCUGCUAGUAGGUGUAACUUACUCGCAAUACGAGCUUUGCUGGAGUGCGAGAGUGAGGGCGACCUCCGAACCGAUUUGAAGAGACGUGACAAUAUUCUGGGCACUACUCCCUUGGAGGCUUGCGAGUGGGCCAUGCGAAACAUUCGUGAAGACCCUGAGUCGUUAGAAGACGCCUGGAGUGGGCAUCCUGACGAGGGUCUGCGGUGUUCUUAUAUACUCCGCAAAGCCGCAGGUGAGAAUGUCGGGGAUGAGGCAACCUUCAUUGAAUCCAGACGGUGGGGCUGUACGUGUGGUAAUUGUUUGGAAGGAUGGCUGUCGCCUCGGAUGCGCUAUCGCCUGAUGUCCGAAGCAGCCGAAUUAUUUCAGAUGAUGGACGAUAGUCGCCCGCUUUUCAGGCGAAAUGGAAUGCCUGAACCCGCCCAAGACUAUAUCGGCAUGUAUCAUAUUCCACAGUCCCUCCGACGUACCAUGACCAAUGCGACGUUCGAUGCCUACCGUCUCUUGGUCGCUUCUGUCAACAUUCUGCUCAGUCGCAACACCAUCCCUACUCCGGAGGCCAUGAUCACUCAUUCUCAGGGCGAUGCUGCACGCCAUUUCACCGAAUGCGGCGGGAACGUCGAGUCUGCGUUGAACUUGGUGAUCGACACAGCGAAGGAUCAGUCCGUAUUAGGUGAUAGUGAAUGGGACGAUUCAAUUGCCGAUAGUGACGACGACGUGAUCAAAGAGUGGAACGAGUUACCUAAAUGUGCCAACGAUUUGGAUUUCGGAUUGGUGAGAGCUAGGUUGGGCUUGUCAUCCGUAUCUACUGGCCCUGACCGGGGUAUGUUCGACUUUGGCGAGGACGAUUAUUUGGACAUGGGUGGUUUCGAGUAUGACGUGCUUCCUCUGGACGGCGUAAGCAAUCGUUUGAGGGGAAUACUUACUUCUAUGGGGCAUUGAUCUAUCCGACGGUUUAAGGGAUUCCUGGAAAUCCGCGAUUUGAAUUAUUCGUGGUCUCAGUUCAGUCGCUCAUUGUUCUCUUCUUUGUUAUAACCUGCUACCUUGAACGUUGAACGCGCGUUUCCCAUGGAUGGACGCACACAGAUUAUGAAAAUGGGCUCAAGACUCCACCGCAAUAUCAGGCGAUGAUCCAAAAACGCCUAGUAGCUCCAUUUGAUCAGGAUGCUUCAGGCGUGUUUGGAAUGUCGUAGGGGAGCGUGAUCGUCAGUUGCUUUUGGAAUGCAUGACAAAAGUUGUCCACUCUCGCGCUCAACACAUCAGCCGGCGAACACGAAUGAAAUCCUGAAGUUCUA